AUGUCGGCGGUGGCCAUGCCACUCGCUGGUGGGGGCACUUCGUGCUCCAUGCAAACUGAAUCCAUUGCGGGACAACGCUGCCCUCCUUCAUCGUCGUCCUCCCCGAACCCUAAAGGAGAUCGUGAAGCCCAACAAAGUAAGAAGAGAGUCAAGCCUACGCUACCAGUGGAUGAGGUUGAUAGCGAUACGGAAGUUAUGCCUGAGGACGUGCCGAUGGGUGAGAAGCCCUCCAGCUAG